AUGUCGACUGCUGCGGAGAAAGCAAAUCUUGCGCGCAUUCGAGAUAAUCAAAGACGGUCCCGCGCCCGGAGGAAAGAGUACCUUCAAGAACUCGAGGCACGAUUGCGUCAAUGCGAACUUCAGGGUAUUGAAGCUUCUUCCGAGAUUCAAAUGGCGGCAAGAAGAGUAGCAGAUGAGAACAAAAAGUUACGAAGUCUACUGGCACAGCAAGGAGUGGGAAGUGAUAUAGUGGAGUCCUAUCUACAAAUGAGUUCUGAAGAUCUGAUGAUAUCGGGGCAAUAUGCGAGUGAAAGUACUUCAGUGCAACAGUUGGAGCACCUACUUCAGGCGCGAAAGGCUUGCUGUUCAGAUGGAAACAGUCAUCCGAGCGCAACAACGAUGGGUCAAACAGUCCAGAGUCGAGAGAGUUCUUGUAGUGGCAAUACCGUGCACUCAUUAUGGGAUCCAGUUCAAACCUCAGGUAGCUUAAGUCUAGGGCAAACACAACCAUCGAUUAUCAAGGGAGUUUCAACAGCACAACAAUUCAUGGGUCCACGAAGAAGCAGCGCAACAAGUCGACAUGGCAGUAUUAGUCAGAAUUCCAGUACUGUCAGAACAGUUCACAACCAACAACAACAGCAAAGAUUCAACAUGACACCACUAGCAUUACCAAAUACACAACAUGGAGUAUCAUCCAGUCUCUCCAUUCAAACCCCUUCAGUCUACGAUUUUGACCCUCAAUAUCUCUCCAACCAAUCCUACCAUACCCUAUCUCCACAGACCCCUCACAUGCAUCCCCACUUACAAUCUCACACGAACCCUCAUUCCAAUUCAAAUCCCAAUACCCGUUCAUCCAUCUCAUCUCAUCAAACCUCACCACCAAUAUCAACAACAUACACCACCGCCAUGACCACCGAUAAUAACGUACCCAACAUGAAUAGUUGCGUUUUCGCCACCGACAUGAUCACCACCAUGGCGGGUGGCGAUCCAGCAGUCGUGCGUGCAGAAUUGGGCUGUAUGCCAGACAUGGAUUGUAAUGUGGAUAAUCAGUUAGUGUUCCAUGUCAUGGAUCGAUAUUCGGGUAAUGGAGUAGGUUUAUGA